CAGGGCUGAUUUUGGUGGCAUCAUGUGCGAGACGGCGGAGAAGCCUUGCUGGGUUUGGGGCGUGUGAUUUGCGAGCAUCGUCCACCGGAUGGAAUAUUGAUGAACCUGAAAGCGAGCACACGAGGCGGAGCAAAAGCAUGAGAACAAGAGCAUUGACUUUUAGUUGGCGAAGGAGUGUGCGUAUGUGGGGUGUUGCAGAAGUAAAAGACAAAGAUUCCUCAACGAGGAAGAGUUGCUUUUGCUUUGGGAGGGUCAGCUAACCCACACAAAUGACAAACCCCCUUUGACAUAGCCUAGCGACUUUGAAACUCUCUGUUACUUUCUCUUUCUUUCAUGCAGUUUUGCGACGAUUAAAGCGAUUACAUGUGCCAGCAAUUGUCUGUUUGGUGUCAACCCGAAUCCAAAGCCCCAAUCUUUGAAACCAGAGAGUCAACCAUUUCUCUUCAUUCAAUCCUAUCACUCUAUAUCUAUAUAUUCACAUAUAUACCCGUCCGUGUACCCUAGAGCUACCCACGAAGUUUCCCACCUCACUUCCUACUUGGUGAGCUCGCUUUCUCUUUUUCCCUUUUAUCGGAUCUUCUUGCCCUUCCCCAAUACCCCAUUUAAAUACGACCUCAUCAUACUUGCAGUUGCAAUACAACCCCCAGCCCUAUUCAUUGACACUUGCUGCUGCUUCUCAAAGCCGCUGCUUCAGUUCUAUCUCAGUUGUCUCUGACAAACGUAUCGCCAAUGGAACUUAACAAUUCGCAAAGUAAAAGGACAAGCUUGAAGAGAAAGUCACCAGAAAAUGGAGAUUGUCUACUCUCCAACAGUGGCUCUCUAGACGACCUUAAUGAAGAUCUCUUUGAAAGGGUGCUCUCAUGGCUGCCAACUUCUACAUUCUUUCGCCUUAGCACUGUGUGCAAAAGAUGGAAAUCAGCGGCUGACUCUGCGAGUUUCAAGCUCGCCUGUUCUCAGAUUCCUUCUCGGGAUCCUUGGUUCUUGAUGGUUGCCCCCAGUCUCAGCCAAUCUAUCAUCUUUGACUCUGCUGAAAGCUCUUGGAAAAGACUCAAUCAUCCUCCUCCUCCUCUGCAGGAAGAUUCUAACCAAAGUUGCAUGCCAGUGGCUGCCUCUGGUGGCUUGAUUUGCUACCGCCAAUCAUCUGGAAACUUCAUUCUAUGCAAUCCUGUGACAGGAUGUCGUAGGUAUCUUCCUCCACUGAAUUUAGCCCAACAAAAUCAACCCCUCAAUGCCGUUGUGAUGAGUUCAUCUGUCUCCACCUACAAGAUAGUGUUAGUCUUCGGUGAACUUCCAUUUCUCUCUUUCAUAUCCUAUGAUUCGAACAAUGGUUGCUGGGAAGAUGAGACUGCACUGAGGAGAACGGUUGAUGACAACUCUAUGGAAUAUGAUUCAAGCGAUGAUAAUGUUGUGUACUUCCUAAGCAAGGCUGGAAAUGUGGUGGCAAGUAACAUGCAGAGAAGUCCUUCUAAGCAAUUUUCAUCGGUUAUUACUAACAAAGAUGGUGAGGAGAUAGUCUACUUCCUAAGCUCCUCAGGGACAGUGGUGGCUUGCAAUUUGACGAGCAAGUGCUUCUCUGAGUAUCCCAGGCUGUUGCCUGCAUUCUGCGAGUACUCCAUUGAUGUUGUGGAGUGUAAUGGAGAGAUGCUAGUUAUUCUGUUGUCCGAGUUCUUGGAGAGUGCGAGUCUUCGGGUGUGGAAAUUCGAUGAGGCAAACCGAAGCUGGCACCAGAUUGCAGCCAUGCCUGCAGCAAUGUCUCAUGAGUGGUAUGGAAAGAAGGCAGAUAUUAACUGCGUGGGGGUGAAGGGCCAGAUAUUUAUAUGCUUGAAUUCUCCUGAGCUAUGCACUUAUGUUGUGUGUGAUUUGAGGACUAAAGAAUGGAUUGAAUUGCCAAAAUGUUGCAUCAAAGGCCAAGUCAUGGAGUUCAUGUCUGCCUUCUCGUUCGAGCCCAGGAUAGAGGCUUUUGUAUGACACCAUGACGCCCUGCCCUUUGGAUCUUUGAGACUUUCACUAGGACUCUCCUCCUGCCCUUGUUAUUUUUUUCCCCCUUCCUUUUGAAGGUUUACGUGAGUCAGUAUUGAAGCAAAUAGCUAGUGGAGAUUUGUAUGAAACUAACCAAGUGACUGAUAAGCUAACUGAGACAUUGUGAUUAUCUUCAUUGAUUAUUAGAUGUACGUUGUUUCUGUGAUUA